AUGGUGAAAGCGAAUCCCGAAUCCCUCAGUUACAAUAACGCAGACACCAACGUCGAGACCGGCAGGACGGGUGCCAGAAACUGCUACCAAUACUGGGCCCAGUUCCCAGUGAGAUUAGACGCGCUGUCUGGGGCGGUGAUGAUGCCUCUUAUGAUGACCUCAAUGGUUGUGGCUUCGAUGCAUGCGCUGCUGCAGCUGUCCAUACAACUGUCGAUCCAGUCGUCAAUCCAGCUCUUGACCCAGCUGUCGAUCCAGUCAUCGACCCAGCUGUUGGUCCAGAUGUCGAUGACUCGUUGCACUCGAAUGGAAAGCAUCCAUGAGGGAAGUCAAGUGAUGGGCCAGCCAGCAGAGCGCUCCAAAGUCGAGGAUAUCGAUAUCGCUCGUAAGCACCAGUCAACCAUCGUUCAGUCUCCUCUGCAUCUCCAGGUUUCGGGAAAGUCAAGAAGUCGCAUCUUGCAGGGGAGCCAAGAGCAGGAUCUUCCACUCGGGAAGGCCGUCCUCCUCCAGCGAGAUCCUUCCGCUGAUGUUUUCGAGAAGCCAAUGCGCGAACAUCUGUCGCAAACCAGCAGCGGAGUCCAGGGCUUCGACGUGGACAUGAAUGUCCACUCCAUCGACGCAGAAGAUGACCACGGGUUCACACGACCAUCCAAGGGAUAUCUGACGAAGGUGCCGCUGCUGUCUCUGGAGACUGCCACCCCAGUCUACCACAGCGCCUAG